AAUCGAGCGUCGUCCAAAUCGAUAAAUUCAAAAACCCUAGUUGACUGACCGGAGAUCGAAUUAAACCCUAACAAUGGCAAUUUCAGGCAUCCCACAGCCACCAGAAAUCCACAGAAUCCCGCAACGUAAGUACGUGGAUACCGCCCGAUGGCUACCUUCGGUUGCGGCGUUCGAUAAGUAUGCUGUGGUUGCGCUAUUUGACUCUGAUAACGACUCCUCUGCUGUCGAAAUCCACUCUUUUAAGCCAAAUCCAUCCCCAAUUCUGACUCCGAGAUCCUCGUGGACUCCACCUUCGCGCAUUUCGUCCCUCGUAACAUCACAAUCUUCUUUCAAGCCUCUCAUUGCCGCCGCCAGUUAUGGGGGAUCUCUCCAUAUUCUAUCCUGCAGAGACUCCAUGGUUGAAGGGGAAAUGUCGGUUCGAGAUGGGGGAUUCCACGUGGGUCCAGUUUCCGGCGUGGAUUUGACGGACGAUGGGGCCGAGUGCGUGAGCGUAGGAGAUGAUGGGAGGGUGAAUUUAGUGAAGAUUGGUGGUGACUCCUCGAAGUUGAGUUAUCGGAGAGUGUUUGAUAGCAACGGUUUGGUGUCGUACACGGCGGUGAAAUGGGCGUCGCCGAGCGAAUUUGUGACUGGUGGAUUCGGGUUUAGUCUUCAGUGGUGGGAUCAGAGGAAACCUGGUUCGCCAGCUUCACAAUUUAAGGGCAGUUGGUCACAUUGCAGGUCUCAAGGAAAAACUUCCGGUAUCAUUCACUCCAUUGACAUUCAUUCAUCUAGGAAGCACACUUGUCUGGCCGGAGGCUCGUCCGGUAUGGUCUUUGCAUGGGAUCUACGGUGGCAAAAGGAGCCUAUUGUUCUGUCUGGUGUCGGGACAGACAAGGUUGCUUCUCAUUCACUCUCUGAAAGUGAGGUGUGGGAGGUUCACUUUGACUGCUACACAAAGUCGUCAAACAUUAGCAACUUCACAUCCCCACAGAUCUUACCAGCUAUGAUCUGCUCAGAAGACGGUAUUCUUGCUGUUGCUGAACAAGGUGAAGAACCUAUCGAGCUCUUGGCUGAACCCUGCGCAAUCAAUAGCUUUGACAUCGACCGGCACAACCCUUCGGAUAUCAUUUGUAGUUUGGAGUGGGAAUCUAUAGCAAUCUUGACAAGGUCGUAGAAACCAUAUGGAUAUGAAGAAUUCAAAGCUGAAAACCUACAUCUUCUUCUGAUUAUCAUUUGCAAAACUUUCAAUCAGCUACAUGGUUGGUGUUCAAGCCCAUUUUACCGGUUGAAGGGAUUUGAGUUUCAGUUACUCUCUUGUCAUGAAGCUGGACUAGUACUGGAUUGUGAGGACUUUUUUUUUUGUUUUUUCUGAUUACCCUCAUUACCCUGUAAUAUAGAUCAAGAACAUGAAAUUUCCCCAGAAUAUCUUUACAUUCAAGAUUAUUGAUGUGUUAUCAGGUUGUGAUUGGUGACAGCUUACCAGAUUUUACCUUA